GCUCCAUAAUCUACAAACUUGACUUGGUUCAAGCGACAGCGUUUCAAUAAUUUAGAAAUAUUCUGUUUUGGCUUUGGCGGAAACAGAGAACUGAUAGGAGUCGGCGACGGUGGAGAUGGAGGCGGUGGCGGCGGCGAAGAGCAAGAGAGAGGUGGAGAGCAAAGUGAUGGAGAAGGUCGGCGAAGUGAUAAGGGAAAUAGAAAGAGCAAAGCACGUCGAGCAAGUGAUUUGCGCUCUUCACUCUUUAGCUGUUCUUCUCUUCCCCAUCGAUUCCUCUCUUCUCUCAGGGAGCAUUGACGAGCAUUAUAAAGACCAGGUUAUUAUUGCAAAAGUUCAUGCUGCAAAUGAAAGGGAUGAUUGGUGGAGGGCAUUUUAUCAAGGAGCUGCUUUUCCAACACUGGCUCGUGUUUUGUUGCUUGAUGUUGCUUCCAAUUGGCUCACAUGUUUCCCUCUUUCAGCAAAGAAACAUAUCUAUGAUGUUUUCUUUGUCAAUGGACUUUCAACUGAAGUUGUACAGGUUUUGGUUCCUCACCUACAGCUGACCAGCAGUGAUGUUUUCGAUGUUGAUGUUGUUCAGUCAAAUGUAGAAAGGUUGCUUGUUCUUUGCCUUCUCGACAAUGAUGGGGUGUUUAAAAUGGCUUUGGACUUAGCUGUUUCACCCCAUUCAGAAGAUACUAUAAAUGAAAGGCUCAAGUCAGUUGUGUCUAGGGUAGCACAUAUCGUAACAUGUAUUCCCGACAAAGCACGAUUGAGAGCCCCGCCUUUACUUUCAUCACAUUUGUUUUUCAAGCAGAUCACUAUUCAACUUCUGAUUGGCUUGGUAGAAAGGCAGGCCAUCACUGAUAAAAGUGAGAUGGAUGUUAACCUUUCAUUUCUUGGAGAAAUAUUUUCCCGCAUCGUUCGACGUGGAUCUUCAGAUGUGCUGUUAAGUGAAGUAACUCCCCAGGUUCUCAGACAUGUUCGAAGUUGCUUAUCUUCAAACACUGAUGUAGUUGACACUGAUGUAUUUGAGUCAAACCCUGAAUCUCAAUUUUGGUUAAAGAUAAUGGAAGCAAUAACAGAUUCCUACACUGUUGAAAGAAUUGCAGAACAGCUUUUGCGUCAGCUUGCAACUGAGCAUGCAAGUGAUAUUGAAGCUUUCUGGGUUCUUUGGAUAUUGUUUCAUCAGUUACUAAAAUCUCAGUCAUCAGUCAGGUCCAUGUUUGUUGACAAGUUUUUACUGUGGAAAGUAUUUCCUGUUUGUUGCCUGCAGUGGAUCUUGCAAUUUGCUGUUCUUGAAUGUUCACCCAUUAAAGAUUCGUGGACUAAAGGUCACGAAGCCACCAAUGGUCUCUUAGACAUAGUGCAACGCCUGGCUGCCGUAUGGUCAAAAAGGGACUUUGUACAAUCAGCCCCACUAGAGCAGCAAGCUUAUAUAACUGCUGCUUUAGGCCUUUGUCUGGAGAAGAUGUCCAAAGAGGAACUAGAUAAAACAAAGGAUGCAAUGCACUCAAUUCUUCAAGGAGUCAGCUGUAGGCUGGAGAGCCCUGCAGACCUAGUGCGAAAAAUGGCUAGCACUAUCGCUUUAGUGUUCUCUAAAGUAGUUGAUCCAAAAAAUCCUCUAUAUCUUGAUGACAGCUGCAAUGGGGAGACCAUUGACUGGGAAUUCGGAUUAACCACCUCUGAGAAAGGGAGCUUGUCAGUCUCAAAUGCAGAAAAACAAAUUGAUGAAACAGGGACGUCAACCAGCGCCACUUUAAGUAAAGACUUAGCACGUGCAGCUGAUGGUGGGAAAGGAAGUGGGGUGAAGAGUAAAAGCAAGAAAUCCUCAGAGUUCAGUUUGGUUGAUCCAGAUGAGAUUAUUGAUCCAGCUACUCUAAAUUAUGAAUCGGUCUCUGAUGAAAAUGAUGAUGAUGAUGCGAGUGAGAAUUCUGAUUCAUGUGACUCCUCUUUGCAGCCAUACGACUUGACAGAUGAUGACACAGAUUUAAAAAGAAAAAUUUCACAGCUGGUUGAUGUGCUUGGAGCCUUAAGGAAAUCUGAUGAUGCUGAUGGGGUGGAGAGGGCUCUAGAUGUUGCUGAAAGUCUUGUACGAGCAUCACCUGAUGAACUAACACAUUUAGCAGGUGAUCUUGUUCGAACUCUUGUACAGGUUCGUUGCUCUGAUGUAGCUGUAGAAGGCGAGGAAGAAUCGGCUGAAGAGAAGCGGCAAAGAGCUUUGAUAGCAUUGGUUGUCACACGUCCAUUUGAAUCUCUUGAUACCCUAAACAAACUAUUAUAUUCACCGAAUGUAGAUGUUUGUCAACGCAUAAUGAUACUUGAUGUCAUGACUCUGGCAGCAGAGGAGCUUGCUAAUGCUAAAACUAUGAAACCUAAACAUCAAAAAGGGCCCCUCAUAUCAACCAUUUCAGAACCUCAACCCUGGUUCUUGCCUAGCAAUACAGGGCCUCCUGGCGCUGGAUCAUGGAAAGAGGUCUCAGAUACGGGAACCCUUCUGAACUGGUCGAUCCGAAAUGAAAGAGAACUUCCACUAAAACCCGGUCAGGUCAAGAGAGGAAAGACUCGCCGGUGGAACCUUAGAUCAGGAAAUAUACAAGAAAGCCAAACUGAAUGGUCUCAGAAUAAGUUUCCUCUCUAUGCGGCAGCAUUUAUGCUUCCAGCUAUGCAGGGAUUUGAUAAGAAAAGACAUGGUGUUGACUUGCUUGGUCAAGACUUUAUUGUCCUUGGAAAACUCAUCUAUAUGCUUGGUGUUUGCAUGAAAUGUGCUUCCAUGCAUCCCGAAGCAUCUGCAUUGGCUCCUCUUCUUCUUGAUAUGUUAAGAGCCAGGGAGGUGUGCCAUCACAAAGAAGCAUAUGUCAGGAGAGCUAUCCUUUUUGCAGCAUCAUGUGUGCUCAUUGCUGUUCAUCCUUCUUCUAUAGCAUCUUCCUUGGUUGAAGGAAAUAUCAAAAUCUCUGAAGGGCUUGAAUGGAUUCGUACAUGGGCCCUUCACGUUGCCGAUUCCGACCCAGAUAGAGAAUGCUAUACGAUGGCUGUAUCAUGUCUCCAACUACAUUCUGAGAUGGCCCUUUUAGCUUCCCGAGCGCUAGAGUCAACCGAAACUACAUUCAAAGCCAAGACUAUUAGUCUUUCAUCCAAUCUUUCGAAAGGAACAAUCAAAGUCCCCAACUCCAAUAUUCAAUACUACUAGAUCCAUUGCUUGUCAAUACGCCCGAAACCGAAGGAUUCGGCACAAUCUAAAGAGGAAACCAGUAAGAAGGAUGACGAUGAAGAAGAUGGAGAUAAUUGGGAGCUUCCUGAAGGAGACUUGCCUUAUUAAACCUAAUUUCAGGUUAUAAUUUUCAGGAUUUUCAUUUUAAUUUAUGUUAUUCCGAGUUUUCAUUUUUUUCAAUUGCUAUUCAAUUCCAAAGAAAAGAUUUCAUCUAUAGAACCAUAAGAACUUUAAAAAUAUUAACUUUAUUAAACAAUGAAUGAUAUAGAUAGUAAAUAUUAAUUUUAUUCCAAUUUGACAUUA